AUGGCACCUCUCAAGCACAGAGAGGUCGCGACGAGCUUCAUCUUCAGAUUCCCCGCUGACGGUGAGGCCAAGAAACCCCAGGUUGCUCUCUUCCGCCGGAGCAGUCACGUAAACACAUAUCAGCACAAAUAUGCAGGCAUUUCUGGAAGUGUAGAUGACACUGACGCGGAUCCUCUUGCCACAGCCUGGAGGGAACUUGCUGAGGAAACAACUCUUACGCAUGACUCUUUACGCCUUUUUCGGAAGGGCAAACCCUUCUCGUUCGCUGAUGAGUCUAUUGGAAGAGAGUGGACCGUCAACCCUUUCGGUUUUCUCCUCAAAUCCGAGAGCGACGACGGUGGCCGCGGUGAGGCUGGCAUCAAAAUUGACUGGGAGCAUGAGGGGUACGAAUGGUUCGAUCCAGAUGCAAUCAACGACUCAGAUGACUUUGAAGGUGUUCCGCGCAUCCUAGAGAGUCUUAGAAGGGUAUGGUUCAACGUUGACUUGGGCCAAGAGGCAGGCAACACUCUUAGCCGGGGCUUGGUCGCUCUGCAGGAAGAUCACGAAAGCGGAGCGCGCCAGCUAGCCACCAAGGCUCUCGAUACAUACAUCGAUGUCAUGAAGCAAGUCGAUUUCACUGACCAAGUUCAGUGGUGGAACAAUAUCAGGUUUGCGGGAUGGCACCUCUGGAAGAACGGGCGAGAAAGUAUGGGCGCGUCUAUCUUGAACGUUGUUCUAUCAGCUUUGGACAUAGUUCAAGACGGAAUCCCACCCCGCGGCCCACCAGAUAAGAGCUCGAUCGAUAGUAUCGUCAGAGCCUUGGGGGAUUACGCCCGCGACCGACAGAAUACCACUUCAAGAACGGGCGCGGUGUUCCAGACUUUCAUAGAGCAGCAUCUGUCGGGAGACGGGCCACUCAAGAUCCUUACCUUCUCCUCUAGCUCAACUAUCACCUCGGCCAUUACUCACAUUAUGGGAAAUACUUCGCGACCUGUGGAGGUUCAUGUGCUCGAAUCCCGACCACUCUUCGAAGGUGUCAAGAUGGCACAGUCAAUUGCUUCAUGUGCCAACAAUUCCAAGGCCAAGACCCGCUUGAUAAUCCACACUGAUGCAAGUGUUGGCAUCGCAGCGAAGGACAUAGAUAUUGUGCUCAUCGGGGCGGAUCUGAUCGACAGAACAGCCGCGGUUAGCAACAAAGUCGGUUCUCUGCCUGCUGUUCUGACAGCCAAGUACGUGUCUCAAAAAGCCAAGAUUAUCGUUUUGUCAGAGAAAGAGAAGGUGCUCCCUUUUGCACCGCCAGGUCAGGAGGAAAACGAUGCAUGCGAGGUUAUGCAAGCUUGGGGAGACUUCAGCUCAGCUGUGAGGGAGGUUCCCCACUCUCUGGUCACUGUCAAAAACGUGUACUUCGAGUGGGUGUCACCCGAUUUGAUCGAUCACUACAUCACUGAGGACGGCGUCACCGGUCGUGCGGGAAUAUCGAGCUAUGCCCAGGAAGUUGAGAAGAAAGCUGACCAAUAUUUUACCAAUCUCUGA